CACGUUUGUGAUCUUUCAAGUCGCAAUGAACAACGACGGCAUGGAUGAGAGUGUGCUGGUGUCAAACUUUCGGAACGAAAUGGCCGAGAUAUUAUCUAUCAUUCGAGAAUUAAAGUGCCGGAAGUAUGGCGAAAUCGACAAGGACGAUGACUCUGGACAAGACUGCGAAAUUGGUUGCUUUGGCUUGAGCAGUCACCGGCUGCAACGCCUGAAUCGUCAACUACGAGAGCAGCUUUCAUUCUCGUCAGCCGUGGAGCUGCUUGUUCUAUUUGGAGACGCCUUGAUUCACACUCAAGAAUACACUGCCAGCAAGUCAUAUUACCACGACGCUUUGGAGAGCUUUGAAGGUCCAACAACAACCAAGCGGUCGUUGCAAGAUCAAGAAAUGUAUGUCCGUGCAGCCUUCGGACACGCCCUAAGUAGAGUACGUUUACUCAAGGCGACCGAUCCCACCGUGUUGUACCCUUCCACCCUUGGCCAACUCGUUAGCAUACUGCACAGCAUGGAGGCAACACUCCGACUCGCGACGACGUUAGCCCUUGACCCGAAAGUUCAAAACGAUGGUGCAUUGCACUCCAAGUGCGUCGCGCACGUCCUGAACGGCACAGUGCACCUUAUGGGUGUAUGCACACCUAUGAAAGCUCUUGGGUUUGAAGCGAACGUGCUCCCAUUUCUAAAGUUCGCCAUCCUAGUCCUCGACAACAUCAUCCAGCUUUGCACAGUCAAGUAUUGCUUGUGGCGAACCCAAAUUUAUGUGGCGAUCGCCGAGUGCUAUGACGCGUUGGCGCGGAAGCAUGUUCUGAAACGAGACCGCCUUUGGAAGUCGGCGCUUUUGGCCAUUGACAUGGGUACGUCCCGCGUGGCACAGAUACGAAAAGAAGAAGAACUAGAUCCACCAGUGGCUGAGGGAACACUUCGAGUCGUCGCUCAGGCGGACGACAGCCUGCAACGGACUCGUUUCCUCGUGCAAAAGUUCAUGAAAGCAGCUGCUGCGGUCACCCACCCACCCGCUGCAGGUACAGCUGGAACGCCACCCCAGUCCCAGCUUUUGAUUUCGCUGUCAAGAGAUGACGUUCAGACCGCGUUUCCAAACUCCGUGUCGCGGAUUCGGACGAUCUUGGUCAGCUUGAAAACGCUGUGGAAGCCGCAAUGGACGCUCAAUUUACUCCACGACUUCGAAGACAAGGCGCCGUUUCUUGUCAGUGCCACCGAUAUCGAUGGCAUCAUCACGUACAUGUCGUCGAUUGUGGCCGCCGACCCGACCUCCGUCGACGGGCUGCACAAUUGCGUGCUGAAGCUGUUGUUUCGCUUACGAAAAUGGACGCCAUUUGUGGCCAUGUACAAAUCGCGACUGGAAACGACGCAGGACAGCAUCAUCGACGCGAUUGAAGUGGAGCUACUGUAUGCGUUGUACGAAUUGAUCGAAGACCCAGCAGACCGCAUGCGACUGUUCAAGGUGGCGUCCGGCUUGCGCCUCGCAUGCGAAAGCCGCGAGAUGUGUGCGUUGAGAUACGAUGUGCUCGUAGAAGUCAUGUUGUACCUGUGGCAUGUUUACGCGUCCCCUAUGCUCGAGUCCAUGAACAAGGCCCUCUUUGGCCAAGAAAAGAGCGACGCUGGCGAUGCCAUCCGUUUGUUGCUAGCGCUCCAAGUGUCAUCGCAUGCGUUGAAUUUUGACGACAUCGUGUGGAGGGCCAACCUGGCGCUGCAUUUGGUCAACCUGUUGAACCAACAGCACCGACUUCGACUGGCGAUUCAAAUUCUUCGUGUGACACAAGACGUACUAUCCACUGUGCGUGAUGCCAUCGUGAAUAUCGACCUACAUGCUGUCCUCGCAGACUCAACGAAUGGCUUGCAGCAGCUCCACCAUGUUGCGACCAAAGCAGUGCCGUUUAUCGCCAAUUCCAAGGAUGUGUUACCAUCACCUGGGAGUCUUCGAGGGACGACUUUCCAACAAACGAGCCUCAACCUGACGUUGGCAGCAAUCCAAACCGAAGUGGGAUUUCUCUUGUACGACAUGGAAUUGCAAUGCGCCGCGUCCGUACCCGACGGCACGACGAUGACUGCAGUCGCGAAACGCCUCGCAGUCGAAUGCAAUCAAAAUGGCUACAUGCGCGGCCUGCUGUCCGUCCAAUUAGCUCAACGCAAGUCAAAGCGCGGGGAACAAGAGAGUUUGUUGCGAGAAGCGUUGCAGUGUUUCGACACCAUUCAACAGCAAGAAAUUGAUGUCCAAGGCGAAACCGACGUGCUAUCGCCCAACUCUCUCAGGCCACUCGCCCCCCUUCUCGUGUCUCGUGCUUCGACAUUUGUGACGAUUGAAAUAUUGCCCCACAACCCCCCCCGAGGCGUCCAAGUUGCGUACUAUUGCGCGUACGCCAAGGGGACUGGAGCUGGCACGGAUGUGUCUCUCAAUAACAUGGAGUACCCAGGAACAGGGAGCCUGAUCCAGCCCAAUCCUCGUCGCACAUUGGCAACGAUUUCUGGCCUCCUGCCCAACGAGAGUUACGUGUUUGCGGUAGCAGCGUAUGAUAAGAACGACCAAGUGAUCGAAGGCAUCGGUGCCACGUCGUGUCCAAUCAUCACCCUGAAUCCGUUGGUGCUGUCUAUGUGCUACGGCAUCUUAGCCACAGUCGCGGUCCAGAUGAAGCACACGAUCAUUGCCACAAAAGCCGCGUCGACGGUGUACACGGAGUUAGUUUCUACGGCAGGGGGUGAUCGAGACAAAUGGCGGGUCAGUCCGUUGUUCGCACACGCGCUCAACAUUCAACGAAUCAACAAACAACCCGCCAGUGGCGUCAUAACGCAAUAUCCCAUGCAGGUGUUGCAUGUCUUUUUUGGUGCCAUUUCAAUCUUGAUUGAUGCGGAAGUGGAGAAACAACAAGCUUCUGCGGCAGACGCUGGUCGACAUACGUUGCUCUCUGCUGUGACCAAGGCCCAAAUGACUGAUGCAAUUGGAAAAUGCAUGAUUGCCCUGGAAGUCGCGUGCUUGACGGGCCAACAUGAGUACAUAUGCACAAUCACGCACAAGAUGUACCAGCUGAUGGUUCCACUCCUGAGCCAAGUCAAACCAGGCAGACUCCUCUUGCAACCCUUGUGCAUGAUGAUCCAGAGCCUUCAAAUCAUCCCCGCCGAGAAAUGGGACGACGGCAUCUACGAAGUUUACAUGUGUGCAAGCUACGAAAUUCUUAAGAUCACGGCAGACAAGAAGGAAGCUAAAGUUGCGCAACAAACGCUAAAGCUGGGACAGGCUGCGUCGACGCCUUACAGUGAUUACGUGAUUGCUCCAUUUCAUGCGCCAUGCAAGGAAGCUGCUGCUUUGCGAGACGCCAUCUUUUUAUCUCGACCGUGGAGCACGGCAUUGGACAUGACCAACGAACAACGACACGAUGGCGAUGUGGACAAAAAGAAGCAAACUCCGCGGGACGACAAAGCUCCAAGUAAUCAAAGUCGUAUCGAAGAGGCGUUGCAAUCCAGCAACGUGUCGACAGGAAAAGCCAUAUCAGAAUUGAAGGCCCAUUUUUCAAGCCACAAGAGUUUCAUGGCAUAUUCGUGCCGUGUGGUCAAACUGGGCAUUGUGCACGGCGAACGGAAUGCUGGCGACUGGCUUAAAGACCUUCGGUGGCACUCCACCCUUGCAUUCACCCCCGAAGCCAGUCAAGUGCUCAAGCAGCUCGGGGCAGCCCAUCUCCACGUCGACACGCCCACCGUAGAUUCCACCACGAGCGAAGAAAAGCACGGCGCUGACGAACCAACGCCUUUUGAUGUAUCCAACCGAGAAGUGUACUUGUGGACCGGUGAAUAUUUUUACCUCAUGGGCUUGGCUCAGUAUACUGGCAUCGCUCCCGUCAACAGCGGCAGCCCCCUCGAAGGACCAGACCACGACAUUUCAUGGCGAUACUUUGCCACGCACCCCCAGCCUUUGACCGAGCUGGAGCCACCUACUGAAGAAGAACGCGACCCGAAGGUCGACAGUGUCUUGACCAACGUUGCCGUCGCGAGCCAACUGUUUUAUCACGCCCGCGCAUGGGCCAAUCUGCAAGCCUGCGCUCAAACUGUGUGGAAUCUGCUGUGGGCCAAGUGGAUGUCCCCUGCAUCGUUCAAGCGAUUGUACGACUGGCGUUCCUUGUACAUCGUGUCUAUGAGGUUAAUGGACAUGCUGGAUGUCGUGCGCAACGACAUCGCCUUUGACGACAGCGACGUCUUGUCGAGGGAUACCAACGUGGACGGCAUGGAGCGAUUCCAACCAACCACUGGAACCACCAGUAGUCACGCGGAAGACGACGAUAUUGACAUUCCGUGGGUGGUCAAGUUUGCAACGUAUACCAUUCAGGUCUUGUGCACCGCCGGCGAAUGGGAGCAUUUGGUGCUGUUGGGAAAACGAGUGUACGAUUUAACUGGAAGCGACCAAUCCGAGCCAGUGUUGCCGUGGGUCGUGUAUGCGCAGAGUCAGCGAUGUAACCAGCACGACGUCGUGGUUGCGACGGCGACAGACGACCUGGCGCAGUUCAUCAAGACGUUUGACGAGUUGCAGUCCAAGAAAAAGAAGAAGAAGAGUCGACUUGUGGUGCACGAAGUGGUCACCGAAGACGAGCAAGUGUUUCGAGACGAGUGUGUGCUUAAGGAGAAAGCACUGACCGGAUUGACAGAAGCCCAAGCGACCCUGAAAAGCCGACUGGCGCUGAUCAAAACUUGGCUCGACCACGCGACCCGCUCCAAGAAUAUGUGCUUGCAGGCUCUGCAGCGAACACAAAAGGCCGUGACCAAGCAGUACCUUUGCCAUGAGAAAGCCGCCGAUGUCUUGGCUAGCUUCAAGAGCACCAUUUCGCUCUGCCGUCAAAAACGAGCGACGCUGAUGCUGGUGCAGGCCCUGCAAGAACAAGGGGACUUCUUGUUUGCCGAGAACGACAUUGCAGGUGCGACCAAGUCGUGGAACGACGGCAUCGACGCAGUGUUUGGGACGUUGGCCACCACUGCCAACUGGCGCUCGAUCGUUCCACAGUCUAAUCUUCGUGUGGACGGGGAAAACCUCUGGGCUAUUCUCAUGUGCUGCAAUAUGCUGGGCAAGCUGACGUGGAUUUGUCUCCAAGACCAGUUGAAUCAACGCCUCGAGUACGCGCUCAUGGGCAGCGCUGUGUUCUGCAAGCUGUUCACGUGCUCGUUGCAGCACCCGAAUGUGGACAACCUGCACACGUUUUCAAGCUUCUCGAUCUACCCUGCAUUCACAAGUAUGGCCCACAAGCCACUGCGACAGGUCCAACCCGCGAGCCUCCUGCUCAUGUCAACCACGAUGAUUGAAACGCUUUUAACCAACGGGAAACAUGCCCAGGCCUUGCCUCUGGCGUGCGCGAUGGAGUACUUUGCCAGUCGCCAUUUCCACGAUGCCCAGGGAGUCAUGCAAGCCAAGCGCAUGAAGUUCGACGCGUGCGUGGGUAUUGGGCAUAUGGGCCAGGCCGUGGUCAUCCUGAGCGACCUGAUCAACCAUUCGAUGUCAUUGGAUGAAUCCAAACGCAUCGGAGACCCGGCCAACGAACUGCUGCACAAGUGGCUGUUGGAGUUUUCCGUGUCGAAGAUCGUCGGGGACGUGAAACUGGGAGCGAGGUUCGCGCAUUUGCUGGUGCUGUCAGUGUUGCGGUGGAUGGUUGAUCUUGGUUUCAACGAAGGCAACGCAAGUCCCCAAGGCAUUGCGUUGAAACAUAUCGCCAACCAAGUGGCGUCCCAACUGCAGCUGAGUGCGACCGGUUUGCCCCUCGCGCCACAACACGGUGAGGAAGUGCAUUUGCCGCAGAAAGAUAAAAGCACGCCUCGGGAGCCAGAGUCCGCACGAAACGCUGUCCCCCCAGGCGAGAAAUUGCACCCGUUGGACCAAAUGAAAAUCUCCGUCGAGUGCGCCCUGUUGCAGUCCGUGCUGGCGUUGCACGAAGGCUUGGCAGACACGGCUCGUACUCUUGUUCAAAACGCGAUGAAGGUGUACCGAGACGGCUCCAAGGUUCCAGUGGACGACAUGCACUUUGACUGUGUUUCGAGUGACCUCGGGGCGCUGUUUUGGCUCCGGUGUCGAGUGCAGUGGAUCAAGUGCGACUUGAUGCAAGGACACGUCAAGGACGCCAUCACGUUGUGUGAAGUGGCCUCCCUCGAAGCUGUGAACGCAAACGAAGCGAAAUUCCAGCGGGAGAUUGCAUAUCUGCGUUUCCAAGCCCUCGUUUUGGAAGGAUGUCGAGGGGAUGCGGAAGCCAUUGGGCUGGAGUGGCUCGCAAACGAUGACGCGCACUCGCCGACAACAACGCGCGUGGAAGUGCUGUUGUUGCUGAGCCAUAUUUCGAAAACUAAGGCCUUGUCGACCCCUAACCAAGCCGUUCAUUUGAAUGCUAGUGCGACGUAUUUAAUGGAUGCCAUGGCUGUCAUGAACGCCAUUACCCACGAACACGGAUGGAUUGGGCUGCAUUCUGCGUCGUCCCAACAAGCCCUUGUGAAUGUUUACCAGCCACAGAUUGCCCUGUACAUCACCGUAAAAGCCCACACGGUGUCUCGACUGCUCGAGUUGUAUGAUUUCCACUUUGAGUCGACCGAAUCCUUGGGUAUCCUUCAAGCCCACGUGGAGGACGGACUGCGUGCCCUGGACCACGUACCCCUUCCCGAUCCGAAACUGAAAGCCUCCCUGCUGUUCUUUAACGGAUGCGUCCUGCGUCGAAAGAACAAGGUGUCUCAAGACUGCGUACCUCCUUUGCUCGAGGCCAUGCAACUUUGGCUCAAGGACGGAGGCCACCCUCGAAAACUCAUGCAUCGGGCGUGCAUGGAGCUCGUUCAAGUGUACGGCGAGACGAACAACAUGAACGAAGACGACAAGGCGCGACAGGCCCAGGCCGCGUUUCAUUACUUGGGGAUGGCCUGCAAGCUGCAAGAGCAGCUCCAUGUGCUGUGGCACACAACGCAACUGCAUGUCGUCAGCGCCACUGGCUUAGACAAGUUAUCGGCCCCAUUGCAACACGAAAUCUUGUCCGCUGCGAAGGGGCUGAACCAGCCAAGCAGCACCACAUUGGACCACCUUGGCUUUUUGGUCUUGCCGUAUUUUUUGUCGAUGCAGCGGGAACUCGACAUCGUGUACGACCAAGGACUGGCCAGUGCCAUGCAACACACGGCGGCGUCGGUACACUUGUUCUUGUCUCAGAACCACAUGCUGUAUUCCAAGCAUUGCUUCCAGUCCCUUACCUCACCCCCAAAGGAAGACCCUGAAAUUCCAGGGGGGUUGAUUUGUGUGCAAUGGGUCAAGUGCUCGUCGGGCGAAGUGGCCAUGUAUUACGCGCUUGGAACCGCCACCAAUACCAGUGACCCACGGUUCACAGAAUCCCCCAUUUUGAGCCGAAAGUUGAAUUUGCAAUCCAACGGCGUUCAAAAGUUGAAAUCAGAGGUCACCCGUAUUCGACUGCUUCUCCAGGACGACAAAGUUGGACCAGUGCAAACCCAAUUCGACGAAAUGCUUGUGGCGUUGCACUCCUACUUUCAAGCCAAAGACUCAGCGCCUGCGCUGCAAAUUCCAUGCGCCCUGGCCGAAAUCGCCUUGAUCGAGCGAUUGCUCGACACAACCCAUGGAUUGAAUGCUACGCACAACGCCCUCUGUUAUUUUCUCCGGAAUGCUCUGAAUUCUUAGCUUUUAAGACAUGAAUACACUCACUAUGUGUACUGCAGA